GGACAGACUGAACAAGGAUUGGCUAUUCCCGAAGCAGGGCGGGGCUAGGGCAGCGCGCGAAGACUCGAAGCGGUUUCUUACGCGACAGCGCUGCGACUGCGUCCGGCCCGGGCCAUGGCGGCGGCUCCCGCUGAGCUGCAACCAGAAGAGCUGGAUGUGGCUGUGCUGAAGGCCCAUGGCAGCGACUCAGACAGCGGGCAGGGCAGCGCUGAGCUCCCCUCACCGGGCCGGCUGCCCACCGGCACCGUGUGCCCCCAGGAUGCAGAUUCAGAAGAAGAGAUUUUUGUAAGUAGAAAAGCAAAAGGCAAGAAGGUGCUUCAGGACAGUGAAAGUGAAGAUGGAGAGAAUGGUGACUGUUCUGUGCAGAAUGACACUCUGGGUGGAAACACAGAAAAUGGAGAGGAAAAAGAGGUCACUGCCCAGAGAAACAAGAAAUCUCGGAUUCGCCAGGGUCUGCUGGGCAGCGAUGACAGUGACACUGGUGACAAUUUACAAAUUGAAAAUCUUGACACAAGCAGGACGUCUGUCUUGUCUGAGAAUGAGCUGGGAGAGGAGAGACCACCGAAAUCUGGGAAAAAAUCCAGAAAACAUAAACACAGUUUUGAAGUCAAGGCAGCUGAAAAAUCUGUAGGAAAACCUCGAAGAAGAAAGGAGAGGGAAAGAAGAGCUGAGUCCAUCAAACAGCUAAUAAAAGAAAAGAAGCCAAGCUCAGAGGGCCAGCAGGUGGAUGGUGGUAAGAGGUUUCCUUUUAAUGACAGUGGGUGUCUCCUUGAUGACAAAGAACUUUUCGAUAAUGGCUUAGAAGAGGAGAACGAUUCCUUCCCAGGGGAUGAGGAGUCAAUAGAGUCAAUACGAGCAGCAGUGAAAGAGAAAAUAAAGAAAUACAAGAACAAAGAACGGUUUUCUGAGGAUGAAGGCUACAAACAUGUCUUUGAUGAUGAUAAUGAGGAAUCCACAUUAAAAGAACCAAAAAGGAAGGAGCGGAAAGCAGCAAGGUUGAGUAAGGAAGCCAUUAAACAGCUACAUAGUGAGACCCAGCGGCUUAUUAGAGAGUCAUCUGUGUCUCUCCCAUACCAUAUGCCUGAGGCCAAAAGUGUUCAUGAAUUCUUCAAGCGUAGAUCUCGACCAGUGUAUGAAGGAAAUGCCAUGGCAUUGCUGAAGUCCACUAAAUAUCAGUUCACCCUAAAUGAAGAAGCUGCAGGCACGAAGACCUCUAGCACAGAUUGCAAAGAUGGGCCAACAGAAGGUGAUCAAUCAGCAGCUAAUGAACCAGAAGCAAACCUUGGUGGAGACACUGAUUCUGCUGCCAAAGAUCCUCUCCUCGAUGUAGGGGAGAACUUGACAGAAGACUGUGCUGAAAAGUCUGGAAAGAACAAUGAUGAUUCUCAUAGUGCUACGACUGUAACAACUGCCAGUGAAACAGAAGAACCACAAUCAGUCCUAAGCACUGAUUGCAGUGAUCAGAAAGAGAGAGAAAUUCCUCUAGCAGUUGGAGGCAGUGCCCUUGGGCAAAGAGAUGAAACAGCACCAGGGCUGGAAAACAACCAACAAAUGGGGCCUGGAUUGGCAGCACAGCCUGAAAAAGUGAAGAAGUCCAAGUUGGAUAAACUCCGUGAGCUGGGAAUCGAUUUGACCAUCAAGCCAAGAAUCUGCUCUGGCAAUGAAUCUUUUAUAAACCUUGAUGAAUCUGAUUUGAAUAAAGAAUUAGAAGCCUUGAAGGCACGUUUCCUGAAGCACACUCUUCAAACUUCGAAGCCCAAAGUAGAAAGGACCAUAAACAUGAACAUUAUUCGUAAGGAAACCACAUCUGAAGGAAAGGAGGAACUAAAAGCAGACGUGGUGCCAGCAGUUUUAGCUGCAGAAAGCCUGGAUGAAGCAGUCCACACAAAGCCAGGUCAGUCUGGGAGUUGUGAUGGUUGAUUGGAAAUCACCCUG